AUGCAUCAUUUAAAAAAAAUUACACAAAGACUCUCUUACAAGAGUAAAGAGAAGAUUUACCCAUCAGGAUCUGGGAAUUAUAAACUUGAGGAAACUUCAACACCCUCAAGUGGUGGCAUGCACGACGAGAGCUUGGUCACAAUUGAAGCUAUUGACGGUUUCGAAAGUCUCCAAACGAAAAAUGAGGUUGCGGAUUACUGGCGAAAUAAGUUCUUGAAUUAUGAUGGUUCGACUUUCCCAACUAUCACAUUCCCAACAGAGUCUCUGCUCCUCGACAAUGAAAUGGAGUAUGAAAUCGCCCAUAACCAGGAUGAGUCUUCAAAUGUUCUACCAGCGACGAAGAUAUAUGCUGCAUGGGCUUUGGUUAUUGGACAAUUGGCCAACUCAACGGAUAUUGUAUUCGGCUCGGCUGCCGCGGAUUCUCAACAUGAAUUGACGUCGAGAACACCAAUUGCCCCAAUCCGUAUCUUGUUGGAUGCAGAUCAAACAAUAGUGGAUUACCUGAAGAUGGUAGAGCAAAAUAUAUUGGAAAUGGAACCUUAUAAACAUACUGGAUUACUCGAGAUUUCCAAAUCAUGUAUCCAGGCUGAGCGUGCCUCUAUGCUCCAAACAUUGUUUAUUAUUUCUUCACCAAAUGGGAAUGUCACUGGAUUCAGAAUGCUCGAUAAGAAAGAUUGGAAACCAAGUCAUGCUCUGUUAAUUGACGUCCACAUCAGCACAAGCAAAACGAAAAUCUACACGUUCUCUGAUUCGAGAGCUAUUAGCCCUUGCAUGUUGAAUCAACUUUUGCAGCGGCUAGAAGGUGUCGUGAAACAGCUGGAUAUUGAUAAGCCUGGUACGAAAGUCGCAGACAUCGACAUAAUUUCAGACAGUGAUUUAAAGGAAAUAUGGAAGUGGAAUGACUCAGUUCCUCAGACAAUCAGCCUGUCAGUGACAGAGAUGGUUGAAGAGCGAGCAAUGCUACAAAGAGAGGCUCUUGCAGUAUCUGCGUGGGAUGGAGAACUUACCUAUGGCGAACUUGACCGCUUGUCUUCCCAAUUGGCAAUUGAACUUGUCAAUCAUCCGUCAGGUGUGGAGCCCAACAAAAUUAUCCUUCUUCAUUUCGAUAAAUCAAUGUGGACGGCCGUCGCCAUGCUGGGUGUACUAAAAGCUGGGGCAGCUUUUGUGUUACUUGACCCCCUUCUCCCCGAGAAGCGAUUGCAAGCAAUUGUACAACAGACAAAGGCCGACCUUAUUUUAUGUUCCAUCUCCAAGACGGUUGUUAGCUCUAGGCUAGCUCGGGAGAUAAUAGCAGUUGGCCCAGAGCUCUUCAUGUCGCCAAAUGAUCUGCCAUCUAGGAGACUACCCCAUCCUAAUCCAUCAUCUCUUAUGUACGUCAUAUUCACGUCGGGAACUACUGGUGCGCCUAAAGGAGUCGCCAUCACUCACCAAAAUCAUGCAUCUGCACUACACUACCAAGCAAAGCUUAUGGGACUCACUUCUCAAUCAAGAAUUUACGACUUUUCUGCAUAUAGCUUCGACUUAACCAUAUUCAAUACCUUUUCUGCAUUUACAGUGGGUGGGUGCCUUUGCGUACCCAAUGAAGAACAACGGCGAGAAAAUCUCGCAGAGAGCAUAACAUCCUUCCGCGCGAAUUGGAUCUACCUCACCCCAACAGUUGCUCGACAACUAUCUCCUGGCCAAUUGCCUUACCUUCAAUCAAUGGUUUUGAUAGGAGAGGCCGUGCAUGCCAAAGACUUGAUGUCUUGGGUAGACCAGAUACGUGUUAUGAAUACGUAUGGACCAUCCGAAUGCACCACCGCCAGUACGAUUAACAUGAUGGUAUCUCCCUUAGAGAAAGCUACACGUAUAGGAAAAGGAAUUGGAAUGAACACAUGGGUUGUUGAUCCUGAUAAUCACAACAAGUUGAUGCCUAUUGGAUGUGUCGGUGAACUGCUCCUCGAGGGGCCCCUUGUCGGUAGUGGAUAUUUGGGAGAAUCAGUGAAAACAAAUUCGGUAUUCAUCAAAGACCCAAUAUGGCUGUGGAAAGGAUUACCUGGUAAACCAGGUCGACAAGGCCGUCUUUAUAAAACUGGAGACCUAGUACGGUAUCAUAAGGAUGGAAGUCUGUCCUUCGCUGGUCGGAAGGACAAUCAGGUUAAAAUUCAUGGUCAUCGAGUUGAACUUGACGAAAUUGAAGUUCGAUUGCAUGAAUACAUCACAGGGAUGGUCCACGCUACCGCAGAAAUUAUUGUCCCAAAGAAUUCAGGCCCAGUGCUAGUAGCAUUCCUCCAACCGAAGCAGGACAAAGCAGGUGCUGCAGUUGUGUCACAUCAAAUUCCUACGAUACACUCCAUCUCAACAGAAGAGAGAGGAAAUAUAGCGAGGCAUUUGCCUAGCUAUAUGGUGCCGAAUAUAUAUUUAACAAUGGAUGAGCUGCCCCUUACUGCGACAGGAAAAAUUGACCGCAAACGAUUGCGUGAAAUAGGUGGAGAAUUUACCUUGCAGCAGCUAGUUGAGCCACAGACGGUUGCACCAAAGCGUCGACCAAAAACAGCUGUUGAACGUCAACUGCAGAAGCUUUGGUCUCAAAUUCUCGGUAUUAGCCUCGAUAUUAUAGGCCUAGAUGACAGCUUUUUAAAAAUGGGAGGUGAUUCGAUCAGCGCUAUGCGACUAGUGGCAGAGGCUCGUAAGGCUGGUCUUCAUCUGUCAGUAGCUGAUAUUCUCCAGCAGCCCGUGUUCCAGGAAAUUGCGAACAAUGCUAUUCAAAUUAUGGGAAACUCGAAAUCAGAGCAACAUAUUGCACCUUUUAGUCUCCUAGGGAAAGCAACUAAUAUCGCUUCCCUUGUUAAUGAUCUCUCCUCCCUAUACGGCGUGGAUCCAUCACAUAUCAAGGACAUAUAUCCUUGCACGCCUCUUCAAGAAGGGCUUUUAUCUUUAUCUUCCAGAGCCGGGGAUUACAUUUUGCAAGCUGUCCUAGAAAUAUCCCCCAAGAUUAAUCUCGUGUCAUUCAAAAGGGCGUGGAAUGAAGUAUUCCAAACCACAGCAAUUCUUCGAACGAGAAUUGUGCAACACAGGAGCUUUGGUCUUCUACAAAUGGUUUUGGAUGGGCAACUUAAUUGGACUGAUAUCCCUGACGCCAGUUUGGAUCAAUUCCUUGAGAAUGACAAAAAUAUUGAUAUGGGAAUUGGCCAGCCGCUUACACGUUUUGCACUUUUACGCGACAGCAUGGGUACCGCCAAAUGGUUUGUUUGGACAGUGCAUCACAGUCUGUACGAUGAGUGGUCUCUGUCUCUUCUUUUAGACAGAGCAAAGCAAGCUUAUGAAGGCCAAGAAAUCGAGGAGCCAUCUCCGUUCCAAUUGUUCAUUAAAUAUCUUCAAGUCCAAGACAAGGACGCAAGAGCAAACUACUGGCGCGAAACCUUUCGCCAAUGUGAAGCAGCGCUAUUCCCCAUUCUCCCGCCUUCCGUUGAUCGUCCCGCGACUGAUAGCGUGAUUGAAUACCCGCUUGCGCAUUCCCAUUUGGAACAAAGAUUUUCGGACAUCACUGUCUCAACACUUGUCCGUGCCUCAUGGGCCAUGAUUGCUUCUCAGAUGACCAACUCGGACGAUGUGGUAUUUGGUGCUACUGUGUCCGGGAGAAGCGCGCCUGUUGCUGGGAUUUACGCUGUUCCUGCUCCCACAAUCGCGACUAUUCCUAUUCGCAUUCAAAUACCAUCCAGGGAACGAAAGAUUCUCGAAUACUUGGAAACAGUACAAAAACAAUCAAUUGAGAUGAUCCCAUUCGAGCAAACAGGAUUACAUCAAAUUGCUAAAAUAUCUUCCGAUGCCAAACAUGUUUCUGGCUUUCAGACUCUACUUGUCAUUCAAACAAAUGGCAAUGGAGAAACACAAGAUGUCUUUGGCAAAUGGAAGCUUGGUAACACUCAGCAAUCAUUUAAUACCUAUGCUUUAAUCCUUGAGAUACAGCUUAAACCGAGGUCCAUCUCGGUGAGAGCAAGUUUCGAUUCAAAGGUUAUCAAACCGUGGAUUGUACAAAAGAUGCUUGAACGCCUUGACUAUGUCAUGGCUCAGCUUGAAAAUGUUGGCCAAACGCUGAGCGAAGUGCAGAUGCUCACCUCUUCUGACUUGAAGCAAAUCCAAAUAUGGAAUGCUGCCGUUCCGCCGACGGUUGAACAGUCUAUUCCUGAGCUGCUCCAGAAGCAAACUCGAGCCCAGCCCGACGCAACAGCCGUAUGUGCAUGGGAUGGGGAAAUUACAUACCUUGAAUUGGAAAGGCUUGCUACAAGUCUUGCUGGUCAUCUGGUUGGCCUUGGAGUUUGUCCUGGGGUGCUGGUGCCGGUGCACUUUGAAAAAUCUAUGUGGACGACCGUUGCAAUCCUCGCUAUCCUUAAGGCAGGGGGUGGCUUUGUGCUGCUGGACCCAUAUCUUCCUGAGCAGCGUCUCCGAGAAAUCAUACGACAAAUCGAGGCCAAGUUCAUCUUAUCUUCGGUCUUAUACCGCGACGUCAGUCAGGGCUUGACUGACCAUGUUAUAACUGUGAACGCCAAUUUUUUCGUCAAUCUUCAACCAUCCAUCCAACACCUUGGAAACCCUGAUCCCUCAUCUACUGCCUAUGUGAUAUUCACAUCUGGUAGUAUGGGUGUUCCAAAAGGUGUACUAAUCACUCACAAAAACGUUGCAUCUGUCGUACCACAACAUAUAAGAAAACUAGGCUACAGUAGCCAUUCCAGGAUAUACGACUUUGCAUCCUACAGUUUUGGAGCCGCUAUUAACAACGUGUUAGCGGCCCUCAUUUCUGGUGCGUGCCUGUGUGUACCGAGUGAUAAUGAUCGACGAAGCAAUUUGGCAGCCAGCUUGGUAUCGCUCCGUGCUUCUGUAGUACUACUCACCCCCUCAGUUGCUGAGUCUUUAUCCCCUCAAAAGGUCCCUAACCUCCGUUGUAUUAUUUUUGGAGGUGAAGCAGUUCGAAUGAAAGAUGUCGCCCCAUGGUGGGGCCACGUCCAGGUUAUUACCGCAUAUGGCUCAAGUGAAGUCACUACGAUUAGUACAAUCAAUGCAGAUGCUACUUGCGCUGAGGAGGCUACUCACAUUGGGAAAGCCGUUGGCGGUGUCAGCUGGAUAGUAGAUCCAGAUGACCAUGAUUGUCUUCUACCACCCGGGUGUGUUGGCGAACUCUUGCUGCAGGGACCUUUGGUUGGUCGAGGCUAUCUUGGUGACAUCGACAAGACUGAAAAAGCCUUUAUUGAGAGUCCUCGCUGGCUAAAACACGGUGCAAACAACAGUGAGAAUAGUUCUACCAGAGUCUACAAGACUGGUGACUUGGUGAGAUAUAAUGAAGAUGGGAGCCUGUCAUACGUUGGCCGUAAAGAUGCGCAGGUGAAGAUACGUGGCCAACGGGUUGAACUUGGCGAAAUUGAAACGCUGGUUCAAGAAUAUUUACCGGACGCAAAGCAAAUUGUUGCUGAGGUCAUCUUGCCGCAGGCAGAAAGACCUACACCAGUCCUUGUGGUGUUUACCGAGCCCAGAAUAGUUUCAGAAACUACAGAGGAAGUGACGCUCCUUCGGAUACCAUCAGAUGUCGAACUGAGACUCGCUGAAUACCUGCCGAUGUACAUGAUACCAUCAGUUCUCUUCUUAGUCAGAGAGCUUCCAAUGACUCCUACAGGGAAGAUGAAUCGGAGACGACUGCGCGAGAUUGGAGCUACAUUUACAAUGAAGAAACUAGUGGAAAUACAGACAGGCGAAGGAACAAAGCGGCCACCAACCACAAGACUGGAGCAACAAAUCCAGGCAGUGUGGUCCGAAGUUCUUAACAUUGAUGUCUCCAAGAUCGGAAUAGAUGAUAGUUUCUUUCAGCUUGGUGGUGACAGUAUCACUGCGAUGCAAGUAGCAUCUUUGGCUAAUAUGCGAUUGUCAAUCCAACUGCGAGUCAUCGACAUAUUAAAGGAAAAGAAUAUCUCUAACAUCACCAGAACCAUCAAUUCAGCUGCCUCUUCUGCAUUAGUUAGCAGCCAAACCAAUCUUAUUCCAAAGGCGCAUAUAAGAUCAUCUCAUCUCAGCCCCAUUCAGAGGCUGUAUUUUCAUCUUCAGAAAGAUCCAACUGUUUGCUUCGAUCAAUUCUUCUAUCUAAAAUUAAGGCGAGACAUUACAGCAGAAACUUUAUACAGCGCACUCGAAAUUAUUGUUCGUCGGCAUGACAUUCUGCGUGUCCGGUUUAAGAGAAACGAGUCCGGCGAUGCCUGGGAGCAACAUAUAUCCAACCGCGUUUCUGAAUCAUUCCAUCUCGAUGUCAAAGAUUUUUCGGAUUCUCAAUCAGCAGCUGUGAUUAUUUCCCAGUGUCGUGGGCGUUUAGAUGUACAGAAUGGCCCAAUCUUAUCCGCAGUGUUGUUUAAUAACACCAUCGAUGGCCAGACGUUGUUUAUUGACAUUCAUCAUCUUGUUGUUGAUUUGGUAUCAUGGCGGAUUAUUCUGAGGGAGUUGGAAGACAUCUUGACAAAUGAGACAAUCAUGACACCGGCGCCUUCUGUGGACUUCCAGCAUUGGAUCACUCUCCAAGCUCAAUAUGCUGGUCAAAUGUUACAAGCUACUACUGGCACCUUUACCCAGCCAAAAUACCAGGAAACCCUUGAUUACUGGGGAAUGAGCAACUUGACUGAAAACACACGAGAUGGAACUAUAGUCGAGAAAUUUUCCAUUGAUGAAUCGGCAAGCUCAAUCAUUUUAGGUCGAGGAAAUAGUAUAUUCAAUACCCGUCCUCUUGAUCUAAUAAUCUCCGCGCUCAUAUUCUCAUUCGGUCGCACAUUUCACGAUCGUACUCCUCCUACUAUUUUUAGCGAGGGCCAUGGUCGCGAGACAUGGGACGACAAUAUUGAUAUCUCAACAACUAUAGGCUGGUUUUCGACUAUUUUUCCCGUACAGAUCGCUGGUAAUGCGACAUAUAGCCUUGCAGAUAUCAUUCGCCGCACAAAAGAUUCUAGACUAAGGCUGGCAAAAAAUGGCUGGGAAUACUUUACAUCUCGUUUCGCCGAUGAAGCAAAUUCUGUAGUAUUCGCUAAAGAGUAUCCAGUCGAAAUAAUGUUCAACUACGCUGGCGUGUAUCAGCAAUUGGAGCGCAGCAAUGGGCUGUUUGAACAUUCAAGUCUCCCUGCCGGAUGUGACCCGCCAUCUAACCUUCAUGUGCAGAGAUUUGCGCUCUUCGAUAUCGAUGUUUGGGUUGAUAAAGGCCAGAUUGUGGCAUCUAUCGAAUUCCUCAAAACCAUGAAUCAACAAGACAGAAUUGUUGGUUGGAUUCGCAAUUUUGAAACUGCUCUGAGCGAUAUGGCUCUUGAACUUUCUAGCGUUUCAGUAAACUGGACUUUAAGUGACUUCCCACUCGCCUUUAAGUCUUACGAUUCAAUCGAUGAAUUUCAUAGAAUUUGGUCUCAGCUUGCUUUCCAACAUGCUAAUAUCGAAGACAUUUUCCCUUGUUCACCUUUACAAGAAGGAAUUUUAGUAUCACAAGCUAGAGAAGAGACCAAUUACCAGCGAUGGGUUGAACUGGAAGUUCGAGUUAAUGGUGACAAUUGCCUCGAUAUCGACAAACUCAAAACGGCGUGGAAAGCAGUUGUGAAGCGCCAUGCACUCUUGAGAGCGAUUGUCUUUGACACCUUCCCCGGAACUAACAAGAUGAUGCAUGUUGUUCUCAAAGAUCCAACUCCCAGCAUAUCGUGCACGACUGCUAGGUUGAAUGCUCCCAGAGGAUUACAUAGAGAUAGUCUUCAACAUCAUCUUUCGAUUUUUAAUAUCGAAAAAAGCAAAGCCCAUAUUCUUCUUGAGAUGAACCACGCCAUAACGGAUGGCUUCUCACAAAGGAUUUUGUGUCGGGACCUCCAGUCUGCCUACAGUGGAGCCACUCUUGAAACUGCAGGAUCCUAUAAAAAUUUCAUUGAGCAUCUAGAGAGACAACGGCAUGAAGAAUCCGAUGCAUUUUGGGUUCAGAAUUUGGCUGGAAUUGAACCAUGUCACCUUCCAAUCUCCCACCUUAGCGGCGAUGUUUCUUCUACCAAAGCAAUGAAUUCAGUGCACGUCCAAGGCAUUGAAAGUCACAAGAUCCGUGACUUCUGUGCAAGCUGUGACGUGACGCCCGCCAUACUGGUCCAACUUGCAUGGGCGCUUGUUUUGAGAGCAUAUACAGGAUCGACCUCGCCUUGUUUUGGGAGUCUUUUCUCUGGCCGUGAUGUGAUGGUUCGUGGGGCUGAGGACACCUUUGGGCCGUUUAUCGGGCUGGUUCCAUUUCGCAUUCACCUUAACCAGGAGGACACUGUUCUCGAUACCUUGAAGCAGUCCCAAGAUAAUUACCUUAGCAUCUUACCAUACCAGCACUUUCCUCUCGCAAAGAUUCACAGAGCCCUUGGGCUAGGUUCACGGCCACUUUUCAACAGUUUGGUAUCAUUCCAAAAGGUUGAUGACUACGAUGAUGCCGACGGGGUAGAAUUACUGAUUAAAGAAAUCUCUAACUUUGAUCCAACUGAGUACGAUGUAACGGUUGACGUAAUGGAUAGUACCGCAGAAAUCGAUAUCCAGGUGGGCUCUAGGGCGGGAAGCCUAACAUCAGACGCCAUCAAUCGCCUUGCGGACUGUAUGAGCGUAGCACUCUCCAAUCUCGUACAAAAUCCUCGCCAAAGUGUUCAAGAGAUUUCUGUAAUCAGUGUGACCGAUUUACAACAACUACAGAACUGGAAUUCUACACUACCUGAAGCGCUGGACAGAUGUGUUCAUGAUAUGAUUAAUGAGCGCGUUAAAGCUCAGCCAAAUGCACCGGCAAUUUGCUCUUGGGAUGGCGAUCUCACCUACCUAGAACUAGAUCGUCUCGCCAAUGGUUUGGCUAAUCGACUGUUCCAACUUGGAAUUACACAAGGCAUGGUAGUGCCACUCUGCUUCGAGAAAUCACUCUGGACUUCAGUUGCCAUACUUGCGGUGCUAAAAGUCGGUGGUGCUUUCGCGCUCCUCGACACUUCACUACCAGAGCAGAGACUGCAAACCAUCGUUGAUCAAAUUGAGGCUAAGAUCAUCCUCUCAUCCACCUUGAAUAUUUCCCUUAGUUCAAGACUAUGUAAGACAGUCGAGCGGAUUGGCGUGGAUUCUGUGACUGCUACCGAUUAUCUCAUGCAUCGGAAGCCUCAGUCAUCUGCAACUGCUAUCUUUGCCAUAUUUACCUCGGGAAGUACUGGUACUCCAAAAGCUGCUAUUCUUACCCACUUAAACAUCGCCACAUGCCUGGAACACCAAGUAAAGAUGCUCGGUUUCAACAAGGAAUCUAGAGUGUAUGAUUUUGCGUCCUAUGCUUUCGAUGUCUCCGUGCAUAACCAAAUCGCCACAUUCGUCACUGGAGGCUGUCUAUGUGUUCCUUCUGACGACGAUCGUAAAAAUAAUUUGACCGGUUCAAUGAAGGCUAUGCGAGCGACCUUGAUCACUAUUACACCUUCAGUGGCUCGUCUUAUUGAUCCCCAAAUGGUUCCAGAUCUUAAAACUCUUAUAAUAGGCGGCGAGAUCAUCACGGCGAAUGAUGCUGCUCGGUGGUGGGGAAAGGCGCAUGUCGUCAAUAUUUAUGGGCCAGCCGAAUGCCACAUCAGCACGAUUAAUGCCACUGCGACUAAACCUGAGGAUAUUGUUCAUAUCGGUAAGGGCAUUGGCUUACUGACCUGGGUCGUAGACCCUAAUAAUCAUGAUUGCUUACUGCCUGUUGGCUGUAUCGGAGAGCUGGUCCUUGAGGGCCCGCUUGUUGGCGCAGGCUACAUCAAGGAGCCAGAGAAAACAGCCGCUGCAUUUAUUCAAGACCCGACAUGGCUGCUCCAAUUUGGUCGCAGUGGCCGAAUGUACAAGACUGGUGACUUAGUCUGCUAUAAUGAAGACGGAACGCUUAUGUUUCUCGGCCGAAAGGACACUCAAGUCAAGAUUCGUGGUCAGCGAGUCGAACUCGGAGAAAUUGAGCAUAGAGUUGAAGAGUGCUUUCUGGAAUCUAGCCAGGUGGCUGCCGAAGUUAUCGGUCCGUAUAAUAACAGGAUUCUGGUUGCAUUUAUCCAGUGUGAGACUGGCCCUGCCGCGGCCACAUUGUUACCUGCCCCAUCCCAUGUCAUGGAUCACCUGUCGAAGCACCUCCCUCACCACAUGAUACCUACGUUAUUUUUUUCUGUGCGACAACUUCCAAUGACCGCUACAGGGAAGGUUAACCGACGAAGCUUGCAAGAUAUUGGUGCCUCCCUCUCUGCUCAGGACGUGGCAGAGAUGCAAACCGCUACUCGAAAACAUAAGCGUCGGCCAAUAACUGAAAUAGAGCAACUAAUGCAAACAAUUUGGGCUCGUAUUCUUCAAAUCAACUUGGAGACUAUCGGUCUUGACGAUGCAUUCUUUCAACUUGGCGGCGAUUCGAUCGGUGCUAUGCGAGUCGUUGCUGAAUCUCGCAAACUCGGCCUUCAACUGACCGUUGCGGAUAUCUUCAACCACACCACCCUGCAGAACAUUUCGCAACAGAGCCUCUACACUCAAGCGCCUCCUUUUCAUGAAAUACCUCCAUUUGGCCUUAUGAGUAAAGAAACCGACAUUAGCUUACUCAUUCAAGAUCUUACAACCCAACAUCAGCUUGAAGCGAACAUCGUGGACAUUUACCCUUGCACGCCUCUUCAAGAAGGCCUCUUCUCCUUGUCGCUCAAGCGCGUGGGCGAUUACACUAUGCAGGCUACCUUAGAAUUGUCAUCUGAUAUUUCUCUUGACAGAUUUAAGAAAGCAUGGGAACACGUAUUCUGCACAAUGCCGAUUCUGCGCACGCGCAUUGUCCAGACCGACUUUGGCUUGCAGCAAAUCGUCCUUGAUGAAAAACUACAGUGGGCUAAGGCGACUAAUCUUAAAAAAUAUCUGCAAGCUGAUAGAGAUCAUGCAAUGGGUAUCGCUAAGCCGCUGAGUCGGUAUGCGCUCAUCCAAGACGACAACAGUAUUUCGAAGUGGUUUGUUUGGACCAUACACCACGCCCUUUACGAUGGAUGGUCUGAGCCAAUUCUGAAUCAGGCGGUGUAUAAAGCUUAUCUAGGACAUGAACUGGAAUCGGGACCUCCAUUUCAGAAUUUCAUCAAGUAUAUCGAGGAUAAGAAUAGCAGGAAGAUGGAAGACUAUUGGAGGAACACUUUCAGCGAAAGUAACGCCGUCCUGUUUCCGACCCUUCCACCAUCUAUUAAAGUACCACUUGCGGAUGAGUCAAUCGAACACUGCUUCCCUUAUCCUCAAAAGCGGACUCAAAACAUCACGACAUCGACGCUAAUUCGCGCAGCUUGGGCUUUAGUUGCUGGCAGCAUCACUGAUUCGAGAGAUGUUGUCUUUGGCGUCACAGUGUCUGGAAGGACUGCUCCCGUUACCGGAAUUGAGGCACUGGUAGCUCCCACAAUCGCUACUGUCCCAGUCCGUAUAGCUUUCUCCAAAGAGCAAACGAUUGGAAGUUUUUUAACUAUGGUACAACAACAAUCCAUCGACCUUAUACCCUAUGAGCAAGCCGGAUUGCAGAAAAUCGCAAAGCUUUCUGUAAAUACGCAGCAUGCAUGCAAUUUCCAGACAUUACUCGUCAUUCAACCGCAAGAGAGCGCCACAGAUAAUCCUCUCGGCCGAUGGAUAACUGAAGACCAGCAGCGCUGGUUUAAUACAUACGGGCUUGUUCUUGUCAUCCAAAUCGCUUCCAAAAAUGUCAUAGUGAAGGCCAGCUUUGAUACUAGGGUUAUAGACUCAUGGAACACAAGCCAGCUGAUGCAGAGACUCGAAUAUGUCUUUUCACAGCUGGCUAGCGCACCUCCAGGCGAUACACUGAGCAUGAUUGAGAUGGCUACACCCCAGGAUUUAGGGACAAUAUGGCAGUGGAACGGAACUGUCCCAACAGCAGCUGAUCGAUUUGUGCAAGAAAUGAUUGCAGAUUUUGCGUAUACCCAGCCAAAUGCAACAGCUGUUUGCGCCUGGGACGGCGACUUGACCUACAAAGAGCUUGACGAGCUUUCCACGAAACUUGGAGCUUAUUUAUUCAAGCUGGGCGCCAAUCCCAACACGUUUGUGUCAAUCUUCUUUGAGAAAUCCAAGUGGAAUACGGUUGCAAUGCUCGCCGUAAUGAAAUCAACCGCAUCCUUUGUCUUACUUGAUCCCUCGCUACCUAUGCGACGCCUGGAAGCAAUGGUAAGGGAAGUGCAAACGAUCAUGAUUGUGUCAUCUCCUCUUAAUAAGUCUAUAAGCGAGGGUCUCUGCAAAAAUGUUAUCACUAUCGAUUCCGCAUUUUUUAGCGAAUUAAGUGAUGAGGAAGUUCCACCUCGACCUGACUUCAAUGGGAUUAACUAUGUGGUAUUUACCUCAGGAACCACGGGAAACCCCAAAGGUGCCGUCAUAACCCAUAAAUGCUCUGCUUCUGCUGUAAAGUAUCAAGUCCCAGGGUUCGGGUAUACCACCGAAUCACGAGUUUACGAUUUCUCUACCUAUAGUUUCGACGGGGCCCAUUUCAAUGCUUUCACAGUUCUCGCCGCAGGUGGUUGUCUUUGUGUCCCAACCGACCAUGACCGAAAAAACAACUUGGCGGAAAGCAUGGAGGCUUUAAAAUCGAACACUGUUUUUCUCACACCGACAGUUGCGGCACUUAUAUCACCAGCGCAACUCCCUCACUUGAAGGUAAUGAUUCUAGGCGGAGAGGCCAUUCGUGUAAAUGACAUAAAGCCAUGGUGGGAUACUAACGGGGUGCGCGUGUUCACACUUUAUGGGACAAGCGAAUGCACGCCAGUUAGUAUGAUUAAUCCAUUUCCAGAAACCCCGGAAGCAGCCGUUGAUAUUGGAAAUGGAUACGGGGUGGUCACUUGGGUCGUGGAUCCGGAUAAUCAUAAUUCUCUCAUGCCUCUAGGAUGCAUCGGCGAACUACUUGUUGAAGGCCCUCUGGUUGGCACAGGCUAUAUCAACAAUCCUACCAAAACUGCCGCAGUAUUUAUCGAGAGUCCAGCUUGGAUGGUGAAGCGUGGCCGUACUGGUCGUCUCUACAAAACUGGCGAUCUCGUUCGCUAUAAAAAGGAUGGCAGCCUCCAGUUUCUAGGUCGAAAAGAUGCGCAAGUUAAAAUUCGUGGUCAACGAGUUGAACUUGAAGAUGUGGAGCGCUUGAUCCAGGAAUCUAUGCCCAACGUUAUACGAGCCGCAGCAGAAGUGAUCAUACCGCAAGGAGUGAAUUCGAGUCCUAUGCUAGUGGCAUUUCUUCAAAUGAAUAUUGAAACCUCGCUCGUAGGCCAGUCACAGAUACCAACUACAUCCACAGCCAGGAUUAUUACAAUUCCAGCGGAGGUUGAGCAAACGCUCUUCCAGAAUCUCCCUAGCUAUAUGAUGCCCUCCGUGUUUUUUGAAAUAGGAGCGCUUCCGCUCGGAGCCACGGGCAAACUGAAUCGAAAGUUAUUGCAAGAGAUAGGCUCGUCAUUGUCCUCCCAACGGUUAGCUGAGGCGCGAAUUGUUCACACGGGUCCGAAAAGGCAACCAACAACAGACAUCGAACACAAGUUGCAAAAUCUUUGGUCUAAAGUCUUAGAUAUUAAGCCCGCCUCUAUGAUUGGGUUGGAUGAUAGCUUCUUUAAGCUUGGAGGUAACUCGAUCACUGCUAUGAAAGCUGUUGGAGAGGCUCGCAAGCUUGGCUUGCAGCUUUCAGUGGCGAACAUCUUCCUUUUCCCGAAAUUACAUCAGACAGCGGAGCAUGUUAUUUCUUUAGAGAACAACACCCCGGCGCAAAUGAUAACAAAGAUGGAAUCAAAUGAGCCUAUAGAGCAAUCAUUUGCACAGGGCCGUCUAUGGUUCCUUGAGCAGCUCUAUCCAGGUCUCAAUUGGUAUCACAUGCCUUGUGUGAUGAGACUAAGAGGCCCUCUUAAUAUUGAGGCACUCCGCAUUGCUCUGAUAUCUCUUGAACGCCGACACGAAACUCUUCGAACCGUGUUUUUUACUGCAAACGGCAUUGGAAUGCAGAGAGUCCUCCCGAUAAGAGACCGCUCUCAUUUGGGCAUCAUUCAAAUGCCGCUAGAUGAGAACGCGAGCCUCAUGAGUGCUCUCCGAAGGGAUGAAACAACUCCAUUUGACCUUGAAAGAGAGCCUGGAUGGAGAGUUAUGCUCUACAAAGUGGAAGAAAAUCACUACGUUCUAUCAAUUGUCAUGCAUCACAUUAUUUCUGACGGUUGGUCUGUUGAUAUUCUUCGCAAGGAACUAGCGUCAUUUUAUUCUGCAGCAAUUCGCGGUAUCCAGGAUCCCCUCUGCGAGAUCGAUCCACUGCCAGUUCAAUAUCGUGACUUCUCAAACUGGGAAAAGGGGCAGGCUAGCGAACAUGACCAACAGCUUGAAUACUGGGCUACUCAACUAAAAACCAGCCGACCAGCCGAGAUGUUCUGUGAUAAGCCGCGCCCUACUUCGCUAUCUGGACACGCCGAUGUCCAAAAUUUCACCAUAAAUGGAAGGCUAUACAAGAGUCUGGAGAAAUUUUGUCAAAACAAAAAUGUUACACCUUUCAUUGCCCUACUUGCGGCUUUCCGUGCCACUCAUUACCGCCUCACCAAUCAGUUUGAUGCUACUAUAGGGAGUCCCAAUGCUAAUCGCGACCGAUGGGAGAUCAAGGACGUAAUUGGUUUCUUCGUCAACAUGCAGUGUCUCCGUAUAAUAAUCGACGAGGAUUCGAUGAGCUUUGACAGAUUAAUUGAUCAAGUGCAAUCUGUCAUUAUUGAUUCUUUUGCCAAUCAGGAUGUUCCAUUCGAAAGAGUUGUCUCCAAAUUGCAGCACAAAAGAGAUCUGUCACGCCAUCCUCUGGUACAAAUAAUCUUUGCUGUCCAUUCCCAGCUAGACUUAGGACAGCUCGGAUUUGAGGGCAUCGAGACCCAAUACAUCGACCAGUCUAUCACUUCACGGUUCGAUCUUGAGUGCCACAUAUUCCAAGAACGAGCUGGCUUUCGGUGUGAGCUUCUAUACUCAACAGAUCUGUUCACCCGUAAGACAAUUAGAAAUUUUGUCUCUACAUUCAGAGAGCUUUUAACACAAGCUCUCGAGGACCCAUAUCUACCAAUCCAGUCCAUGAACCUAUUAACAAAUGAUAGCCUCGCAACGCUCAACGAAAAAGCUGCCGCCGGAGAUGUUACUCCGGAUUUUCCUCGCGGGCUGAGCGUUGUUGAUCUGUUCCAGCAACAGGUUAUUGGGUGUCCAAAUAAAAUGGCUGUUAAAGAUGCUUCGUUGGAGCUAACAUAUACCGAUUUGGGCCAAAGGUCUGAUGUCAUUGCCUCUUGGUUAAUUGGGCGCGAACUUGUGCCUGAAACAUUGAUAGGCGUUUAUGCCACCCGCUCAAGUGAAACAAUCAUAGCAUUUUUGGGGAUAUUGAAAGCGAAUUUGGCUUAUAUGCCUUUUGACUCAAAGAUACCUGUUGAACGACUGCAUCGCAUUUUUGCAUCUAUCAACAGCUCUGGUAUUGUCCUUGUCGGCACCGGUGUCCAGCGUCCUCUACCCACAAACAGUGUCGAGUUUGUUCACAUAGAGGAAAUUUUCAACCAGCAAUCCAGCAUUGGCAUCUUGAAAGGACCUCAGGCCCCCUCGCAAGCCAGCCUUGCCUACGUUAUGUUUACGUCUGGGUCAACGGGUCGGCCAAAGGGCGUUAUGAUUGAGCACCGUAAUAUUGUGCGGCUUGUCAAGAAUACAAAUAUGCUACAGCAUUCAUCUAAUGCCACAAUGGCGCAUAUUUCAAAUAUUGCCUUCGACGCAUCGACAUGGGAGAUAUAUGCUACCCUAUUAAACGGUGGAACUUUGAUCUGCAUUGACACAACGACGACUUUAGAUUACGAGAAAAUGGCAAGUAUUUUUUUAAAGGAGCAUAUCGAAGCCAUGUUCGUCACGCCGGCUCUUCUAAAACAAUACCUCAUUGAUUGUCCCUCUAUCGUUGGUGAAUUAGGGACAUUAUACAUUGGUGGUGAUCGACUAGAUCCUCAAGAUGUAUUCACAGCUCGUGCCCUCAUGAAGCAUGGUAGUAAAAUUGUCAAUGGGUACGGCCCAACUGAAAAUACAAGUUUUAGUACCAUGUAUACCUUAUCAGCAAACGAGCUUUGCACGAAUGGCGUGCCAAUCGGGCGAGCCAUUAGCAACUCUGGUGCAUAUGUUAUGGACUCACAGCAGCAUUUGGUUCCUCUCGGAGUAGUGGGAGAACUGGUUGUUACCGGCGACGGAUUGGCUAGGGGAUAUACCGACAGUGAACAAAAUAUUGAUCGCUUCAUCACUAUUUCUGUCGAUGGGAAGACUGCCCUCAGGGCAUAUCGUACCGGGGACUACGUCCGUAAUCGGCCCACAGAUGGGCUUAUCGAGUACAUUGGACGGAUGGAUCGACAAAUCAAGGUGAAUGGCCAGCGUGUUGAACCUGAAGAGAUUGAUCAUGUCUUGCGAAGCCAUGAGAACAUUGCGGAUGCCAUUUCUGUGCUCCAAGAAAUAAAAGGGCGAGAAGCACGGCUCGUUAGUUUCGUUACUUUACAGGCGACUAUUUCUGAAGAGCAAGUUCAGAAUUUUACACGGACAAGCGACGAUGAAACCAAACAAAUUGAAUCCUGGGAAGAGCUUUUCAAUAAAGAUACGUAUGAUUCAUUUGAUAGUCUUCCAUCCAGCUUAGCAGGCCGAGACUUCGUCGGUUGGUCCUCGAUGUAUAGUGGGCAUGAUAUUGACAUUGAGGAGAUGAACGAGUGGCUUGAUGAUACUAUUAACAGUAUCACCAAUGGAUCUGAAUCACUAAAUGUCUUAGAGCUAGGAUCAGGAAGUGGUAUGAUUUUGUUCAAUCUUUCUUCAUUCUUGGAAAGCUAUAUUGGCCUGGAUCCCUCCGAAAGGGUUAUCAACUGGGUUGCUAAGUCAUCGACGACCAUUCCUGGUCUUUCUGAAAAGAUUCGGCUGCAAAAGGGCACAGCAGCAGAUAUAUCUCAGCUGGGGUCAAUAUCACCCAAUGUUGUCAUUGUCAACUCGGUUGUUCAAUAUUUUCCGAAUCAUGAGUACUUGUUAAGAAUUAUUGGAGAUAUUCUUCAAUUGGAGAGUGUCACAACGGUCUUCAUUGGUGACGUCCGUUCUUACGCAAUGUACAAAGAAUUUCAGGUCGGCAAAGCACUCUUUCUCCAUGGGAACAACACUAGCAAAGACGAUAUCCAGGACAUUAUGAUGGAUAUAGAACAGAGCGAGCUGGAAUUAUUGGUUGAUCCAGGCUUCUUUACUGGAUUGCAAACUCAAUUUCCCGACCGAAUCCAUCAUGUCGAGAUAUUGCCAAAACGGAUGAAGGCAGUAAAUGAACUGAGCUGCUUCCGAUACGCGGCCGUAAUACAUGUACAGCAUGGUGGAUUGGAGCAAGAAAUCCACAACGUUGGCAAAAGCGAGUGGCUGGAUUUUACAGAACGGCAGCUAGACCAGGAAAAACUUUUAAAGCUGAUGAAAAGCUCAAAAUUUCCCCUGGCGAUCAGCAACAUUCCUUACCGAAAAACCAUUCUUGAGAGACUUGUCAUUGACUCGUUAACCGAUAUUUCCAAUGAUGAUAUAAAUUGGCUCUCGAAUGCCACUGAAAUGGCUGCAACGCUCCCCUCUCUAGAUACAGUCGAUUUGGAAAAGAUUGCUAAACAAGCGGGUUGCCAAGUGGAGAUCAGUUGUGCCCGCCAGUAUACUCAGCGCGGUGGUCUCGAUGCAAUUUUCCAUCUCAAUACGUCUGAUAGAGGCCGACGAGCGCUGUUUCGAUUCCCUACAGAUCAUGAUGGACGCUCGCUCUCUAAACUGAGCAGCCAACCUCUUCAACAGCAGAUUAAACACAGGAUACGCCAACAGCUACAAAAGAAGGUCGAAGCCCAAUUGCCGUCCUAUAUGACUCCAAAGAUGAUCACAUUCCUUGACAAAAUUCCAAUAACCGGAAAUGGGAAAGUGGACCGCCAUGCACUUAUGAAGAAUUUACAGAGACGCACCACGAGAGAGGGAACAUUGCGACAGCCAUCAACCGAAAAUGAAAGGCAAAUGCGGAAAAUUUGGGCUCAAGUUUUGAAUCUCGAACCAUCUACAAUUAGUUUGUCCGAUAAUUUCUUCGCAAUCGGUGGUGAUUCGCUUGGAGCUAUGAAAGUCGUGGGGCUUGCUCGCAAAGCUGGUCUGAAACUCACCGUUGCCGAUAUAUUUCGUGGCUCUAACUUGGAGAAGAUUUCAAGCAACAUCACCAUGCUCGAUAGUACUUCUUUAGUCAUACCGAGGAGCGAAUCAAACGGCCCCGUCGAGCAAUCCUUUGCCCAGAGGCGGCUAUGGUUUCUAGAGCAGCUUCAUCCUGGUUUGACAUGGUACUUAGUGCCAUGUGCUAUUCGAUUGAGAGGAUAUCUUAAUAUUGAGGCUUUAAGGGUGGCAAUACUGGCAUUAGAAAGCCGUCAUGAAACAUUACGUACGACUUUUGACAGUGUUGACGCUAUCGAGGUGCAACUAAUUCGUCCAUUCCAGCCCAAAGACCUAAUGGUUAUUGAUGUUGUGGAUGAACAUGCUCUCAUGGAGGCGUUGCACCGAGACCACACAACUCCAAUAGACUUACGUACAGAACCAGGAUGGAGAAUUACGCUGUAUCGUCUUGGGUGUGAUGACAACAACCAUGUCUUGUCAAUUGUUAUGCAUCAUAUUAUUUCUGACGGUUGGUCCAUCGAGAUUCUACAGAGAGAGCUGGCAAUGUUUUACAAGAUUGCGAUUCAGAAGCAACAUCCUCUAUCCAUGAUUGAGGCACUUCCCAUUCAAUAUCGUGACUUUUCUAUCUGGCAAAAAUCGAAGCAUCAAUCGCAAGAGCAUGAAAAACAAUUGAACUACUGGGUAAAUCACUUAGAAACAAGCAAAGCGGCGGAGUUCUUUUGUGAUAAGCCAAGACCAGCAACUCUUUCUGGCCAUGCAGGCGUACAGAGUCUCAGGCUGGAGGGUGAAAUUUAUGAUCGACUAGAAACAUUCUGCAAGUUACAACAAGUGACACCCUUUAUCGUGUUGCUUGCUGUCUUUCGAGCUACUCAUUUUCGAAUGACUGGCGUCACUGAUGCUAACAUUGCAACGCUUAACGCUAACCGCCACCGAUGGGAAGUUAAGGAUAUAAUUGGAUUCUUCGUCAACCUUCAAACCAUUAGAAUCCGGACUGAGGAGGAAUCCUUAGAAGAGCUUGUGCAACAAGUUCACAAGGCCAUAGCUGAUUCAACCGCUAACCAGGACGUACCAUUUGAAAAUAUUGUUUCAAAGUUGCAAAAGGAUAGAGACCCGUCUCGUCAUCCACUCUCACAGAUUCUAUUUAUUGUGCACUCUCAAAAGAACCUUGGAUCAUUCACAUUGGAAGGUCUGAUUACUGAACAAAUUCCUGUGCCUCCAACGACUAGAUUCGAUAUGGAAUUUCACUUCUUUCAAGAGUCGGGUGCCCUUCAAGGAGAAAUCUUGUUCUCAACCGACCUCUAUGCCACUGAAUCAAUCACCAGCAUACUAUCCAUGUUUAAUACACUACUCAAAAAUUCUCUUAAAGAUCCUCAUAUAUCUCUUGCUUCUCUACCCUUACUGUCGGGUGAAGAUCUAGUUGCAAUGAAAAGGAGAGGUCUUCUCGACAUUGUCCAGUCAGAGUACCCUCGGGACUCUAGCAUAGUGGAUCUCUUCCGCGAACAAGUAGCAGUUCAUCCCGGGCGCUUAGCCGUCAAAGAUGAUUCUCCGACGGAGCUCACAUAUGCACAGCUUGAUCAAUUAUCAGACAAUCUUGCCAAUUGGCUAAGCAAGUACUCAUUUGCUCCUGGAACUCUUAUUGGCGUUUUCUGUAAGCGAUCUUGUCAAUCAGUUCUUACUUUUAUGAGUAUUUUGAAGGCUGGUUUGGCGUAUCUGCCUUUCCAUUUGAAGACACCCUGGUCUAGAAUGAAGGCUAUUCUAUCAACAUUACCAGGUCGCAAGAUAGUCAUAGUUGGCAGUGACAUUGAACCACCUUGCUUACAACAUGAAGACACUGAAUUUAUUCGCAUUACAGAUGCAAUGGAAGAGCAAAAGUUGCACAAUUAUAGACCUCGAUCAUGCAUCACGGCCUCGGGUGAGAGUCUUGCAUAUGUCAUGUUCACCUCUGGUUCAACAGGUAAUCCUAAAGGUGUCAUGAUUCAACACCGAGGCGUCGUCCGCUUAGUUAAAGAGAGCAACGUGGCCAAGCACAUUCCGCCUGCAGCGAUCAUGGCCCAUCUGACAAACAUCGCCUUUGAUGUCUCAGCAUGGGAGCUAUAUGCAGCUCUUCUGAAUGGUGGUACAUUAAUAUGUAUUGAUACCGCUGUAUUACUUGACUCCAGAGCUUUAACCGAUACAUUCACCAAAGAGAAGAUCCAGGUUGCUUCUUUCACGCCAGCGCUUCUCAAAAUUUUACUGGAGCAAGCACCCACUGCUCUCGCUUCUGUGGAGGCUCUAUAUAUUGCCGGGGAUAGAGCUGACGUCCGAGAUCUGACAGCUGCACGAACUCUUAUGAAGAGCAAUGUGGUUAUUAAUGCCUAUGGGCCGACAGAAAACUCAGUGUUUAGUACAUUUUAUAUCAUGUCGGACGAAAAGAAAUGUGUAAACGGUGUACCCAUUGGGCACUCAGUUAGCUGUUCCGGUUCAUAUAUCGUUGACAAGAACCAACGCCUUGUGCCUCUCGGAGUUGUUGGAGAGCUGGUAGUCACUGGUGAUGGCCUCGCAGUGGGUUAUACUGAUCCUGAUUUGAAUCUUAACCGAUUUAUUACAAUUGAUGUUCAAGGCGAACGAGUGAGGGGUUAUCGUACAGGCGAUUAUGUCCGUUGGAGGCCUAUCGAUGGUGAAAUUGAGUUUUUUGGGCGCGUGGACGGCCAAGUCAAAAUCCGCGGUCACCGGGUAGAAUUGGGAGAAAUCGAGCACGCUCUGCGAGCUUAUGACGCUGUGAAUGACGCAGCUGUCGUCUUGAAACAGGAUGAACUUCAAGAGCCUCAACUUCUUGCUUUCGUCGCUCCGAACGAAAAUAUUGACCCCACUCAGGGACACGACAUGGGCACGAACGAUCACGUAAAGUCGUGGGAAGACCUUUUUAAUACUGGAACAUAUGAAGCAGUUGAUCAAGUGGAAGUCGCAAAGAUUGGAAGAGAUUUUAUUGGUUGGUCUUCUAAUUAUGACGGAAGCUCCAUUGGUUCAGGCGAGAUGAACGAGUGGCUUGAUGAAACAAUCACCGCAAUCAAAAAUAGUGGCCAGCCCCUCCGGGUUCUCGAGGUAGGAACGGGUACCGGUAUGAUCUUGUUUAAUUUGCCCAAUGGACUUAUCCAGUAUACCGGACUUGAGCCAUCUGAGCGUGCCGUUGAGUUUGUUCUCCGUUCGGUCCAGUCAAUCCCGGCUCUUUCCCACAAGGUUUGUUUAUACAAAGGCACAGCAGCCGAUAUUGCGAACCUUCCAACCACAGCGGCGCCCAAUCUUGCAAUUAUCAAUUCAGUCGCACAAUAUUUUCCCAGUCAAGAGUAUCUUCUACAUGUUAUUGGAAACAUUCUCAAGCUUGGUACUGUUGAGACGAUUUUCUUUGGUGACAUUCGAUCGAAUGCACUUUACCGAGAGUUCCAAGCAAGCAAAAUCUUGUUCACCUUGGGCGAUGCAGUGAUUGGAAAGGACGAAUUUCGCCAGAGAAUGGAUGAGUCAAAUCGCACUGAGCUUGAGUUGCUUGUUGACCCCGCCUUCUUCACUGCUCUCCCAAUGAGGAUGCCACAGAUAGAGCAUGUGGAGAUCCUACCGAAACAUAUGCAUGCCACCAACGAAUUAAGUGGCUUUCGUUAUGCAGCCGUGCUACAUGUCAAAUCGAAAGAGCGGCGGCGAAUUCAUGAGAUUGGAGACAAUAAAUGGAUGGAUUUUGUGAAAGAGAAACUGGAGAGGGAGUCACUUUUACAAUGCUUGCAAAGUACAAAUUCUGCGGCUGUAGGGAUUAGUAACAUUCCUUACAGCAAAACUAUUGUCGAGAAGUUCCUCCUUGAGUCGCUUGACAAUGGUUUCGAUCAUCACCAUUGGAUCCUUACAUCUCGUCAAUCAGCUCAGCGCUGCGCAUCAUUGUCACCUACUGACUUAUCCGAACUGGCUGUAGCCUGUGGUUUCAGAGUUGAGAUUAGUUGGGCUAGACAAUACUCCCAACGUGGCGGCAUCGAUGCCAUAUUUCAUCGUGGCGAUCAAAAAGGAGAGCAUCACGGCAGAGUAUUGUUCAAGUUUCCUUUGGAACCUAAUGACAGGCCGUCCCACUCUCUUACAAGUCGCCCAUUGCGGCAACAGUGGUAUCGAAAGAUUCAACAAGACUUAAAUCAGCUGCUGAGAGAUCAGCUCCCUCCUUAUAUGAUCCCUCAAGCAAUCAUUAUUCUUGAGAAGAUGCCAGUCAACGACAACGGAAAGGUUGACCGCAAAGCACUUGCCAUUCCAUUCAAGACUCAUCCCCUCGUGCCACCCGGGGCAAUUGCAACGCCAAGUAAUGAUACAGAACGAGCUAUGCAGAGAAUUUGGGCUCAGGUCCUAAAUAUCGAUCAUUCUCUAAUCAGCAUUCAUGAUAACUUUUUCCACCUUGGUGGGAACUCUAUUUUGGCGAUGAGGGUUAUCUCAGAAGUUCGCAAACUUGGUCUUAAACUAGUAGUGGCUGACAUUUUCAACUGUGAUACACUUAAGCAAUUGGCUCUCCAUUGUACGAAGGUCGACGAGGACGAGGAUGAUAUCCGCUCCAUUGUUCUUAUUGAGCCUACUGUCAAAGCCACUCUUUUAAAUGAAAUCAAUCGUCUUGAUCUAAGCUUUGGCAGUUCCGCAGUUUCAGAUAUUCUUCCGCUGACGAACUUCCAAUGCAAGACAAUUAUGCACGGUAUUACGACAGGACACCAUGCGAAUUAUUUUUACUUCAACCUUGGCAAAGAUGUAAAUAUUGAAAGGCUAAAGACAAGCUGUGCCAUGACGUUAGAGAAAUUUCCUAUUCUGCGAGCUUCCUUCUUGCGCCUCGGGGGAGAAUUUUGGCAAAUCAUUCUCCGCAACAGGCUGGAUCUAGCUCCAGUACAAAUUCGAAAUGUCAGCGAAGAUCUCGAUAAAGCUUCAAAUAGCUACUGUUUUGAGGAUUCGAAGAGGUUAAGCUCAUCAGAAUUCCCACUAGCUUUCGUCCUGCUUUGUAACCUAUCUGAAGGUUCACGAUUGAUCGUUCGCCUAUCACAUGCUCAGUACGAUGGAGUAUCUUUCCCUAUUAUAUUCCAGUCAUUGAUGAACAGCUAUAAUGGUAUUGAGCUUCCAUCUGGACCCAAUUUCUCAAAGUUUUUAUCAUACAGCCGUCAAAAACGGGAGAGUUCGAUCGAAUAUUGGAAGAAAGUACUACAGGGUUCCACGCCAACUCCAAUUAAGCCGAAGACACGUCCACAGAUUAUACUGGCCGGUAUCAAUACUCCUCAGCGCAUAUUUGAAAAUGCAGAGAUCAGCCUCCCACAAUUACCCAGCAAGGUCACUACUGCAACUCUCACAACGUCUCAGCUUUUACAAUCUAUUCAACAGCAAUUUGUACAUCUCGGUGAAGCGGACUCCCUCGGUUUCAGGGAUAUUAUUGAUCACUGUACUGAGUGGCCAGUUGGAUCCGACUUUGAUGUGGUUAUUCAGCAUCAAAAUAUUGAAGAGCAUCCAGAAAUUACUUUUUCCCAAGGCUCAUCUAGGGUCCAAUUUUAUACCAAUCCAGACAUUGUGCCAUCAUCCUUGUUUAUUAUAUCGUACCCUAAAGGGCGCCAGCUGGAGAUUCAACUUUUUGCAAACACCGACAUUUUAACAGAGAAGGCAGCCCGCACUAUGGUCCAUAAUCUUUGCCAUAUUAUCACAGAGAUCGGCAACCAGCUGAGUGGAUCUUUAUCAUCUCUUGUGGGUGGUCUCCAGUUGAGAGUCAACUAA